GAGAGCUGCUGUGGAGGCCGCCGCCGCUACCACAAGAGCUGAAGUGCUUGCCUCGACCCCGUCUGUAUCCUCCGGAGGACAGAACGGCGAUAUUGAUGCGGCUUUGAAGGCUCACGAGGAGACGCUUAGGCAGCGGCACGAACAAGAGAUAGCGGCGGCUUUAAAGGCUCACGAAGAGAUACUCAAACAGCGGCACGAACAGGAGAUCGCGGCGGCUGUCGAUCGUGGCAGAAUGGAGCAGGCUACAAGGAGCAAACUCAAAGAUCAACAACUCGUGAGAGCACAAGGCAAGCUCAAGGAACUGGAGGCUCAGGUCCUCGAAUGGAGGAACGCAGGGCUUGUUCCUCAGCCUGCGUCCGGUGGGGCCACCACAAGCAAAGUUCCUACUCCCGGCUCUGCCUCGGUCCCUCCGAAGCCAGCGCCCACGCCCGCAGUAAACGCCGCAGCUCCGAAAUCACUACCUCGUAGGCCGUCUCUUGCUCCUGCUGCUCCUGCGCCGGAAGGCGCUGGUCGUGGCAGAGGGGCGGCGAUCCGUGGUGCUUCCCGCGGUGCAGCGCACGGCCUCAAUAUACGGGGGACAGCCGCCGUGGGUCGAGGUGGUGCUCUUGCACCUGCAAGUGCAGCUGCUGGUGUCCAGAUCGUUGGCGCAGCAGGGAAAAGGACUCGCGAGGAUGGCGACUCUACUCCUGAUGACGCAUUGGCGAAACGCCUAAAACCCGCGGAAGGUACAAGUAAACCUGUGACCUUACGUAGAGAUCGUGUUCCUCCACCCCCUUGAUAUAAUUGUAGUCGAAUUGCUGUGUUCACAUCAUACUCUUAGUCGCAUUUCUCGGUAACUUAUCAACUUGUAUAGUGAGGCAAUACGGAUUCCAGAUUCGCAUCGU